CCUAAAUGCUGGAAUUGACGCCCCUGACUUGGACUUACCAAACAUGGACCUUAAAGCUCCCAAGCUGGAUGUGAACACUCCAGAUGUCAACAUUGGUUCACCCAGUGGAAACCUGAAGAUGCCCAAACUGAAAAUGCCUAAAUUUAACCUCCCAAGUCUGAAAGGACCUGAGAUUGGUGGCAAUUUAGAUGGCCCAGACAUGGAUAUUAAUGCACCUAAUGUCAACCUUAAAGGUCCUAAAGCUGAUUUGGACAUGCCAGAUUUUGACAUUUCUGGUCCAUCGGGUAAAUUCAAAAAGCCCAACUUGAACCUGCCCAGUUUUGGGCUUUCUGGUCCAAAGUUUGAUGGCCCUAACCUGGGCCUCAAAGCACCUGAUCUAGAUAUAUCUGGACCCAAACUCAGUGGUGGUUUAAAGGCACCAGACAUAAACAUGCCCAAGCUUGAUCUUAAAAGCCCCAAGCUGGACCUCAAUGCCCCCAAGGUUGACUUAGACAUGCCAUCAGGUAAACUGAAAAUGCCAGACCUAAAUGCUGGAAUUGACGCCCCUGACUUGGACUUACCAAACCUGGACCUUAAAGCUCCCAAGCUGGAUGUGAACACUCCAGAUGUCAACAUUGGUUCACCCAAAGCAAAAUUCAAAAUGCCUAAACUGAAAAUGCCUAAAAUCAACUUCCCAGGUUUCAAAGGACCUGAAAUUGAUGGAAAUUUGGAUGGUCCAAAUGUUGAUGUAAAUGUACCAAAUGUCAACCUUAAAGGUCCUAACGCUGAUCUAGGAGCACCAGAUUUUGAUAUCUCUGGUCCAUCAGGUAAAUUCAAAAAGCCCAACUUGAAACUGCCUAAUUUUGGGCUGUCUGGCCCAAACUUUGAUGGCCCUAACCUGGGCCUCAAGUCACCCGAUCUAGAUAUAUCUGGACCCAAUCUCAGUGGUGGUUUAAAGGCACCAGACAUAAACAUGCCCAAGCUUGAUCUUAAAAGCCCCAAACUGGACCUCAAUGCCCCAAAGGUUGACUUAGACAUGCCAUCAGGUAAACUGAAAAUGCCAAACCUUAAUGCUGGAAUUGACGCCCCUGACUUGGACUUACCAAACCUGGACCUCAAAGCUCCCAAGUUAGAUGUGAACACUCCAGAUGUCAACAUUGGUUCACCCAAAGGAAAAUUUAAAAUGCCCAAACUGAAAAUGCCUAAAUUGAACCUCCCGGGCCUGAAAGGACCUGAAAUUGAUGGAAAUUUGGAUGGUCCAAAUGUUGAUGUAAAUGUACCAAAUGUCAACCUUAAAGGUCCUAACGCUGAAUUAGGAGCACCAGAUUUUGAUAUCUCUGGUCCAUCAGGUAAAUUCAAAAAGCCCAACUUGAACCUUCCUAAUUUUGGGCUUUCUGGUCCAAAGUUUGAUGGCCCUAACCUGGGCCUCAAAUCACCUGAUCUUGAUAUAUCUGGACCCAAACUCAGUGGUGGUUUAAAGGCACCAGACAUAAACAUGCCCAAGCUUGAUCUUAAAAGCCCCAAACUGGACCUCAAUGCCCCCAAAGUUGACUUAGACAUGCCAUCAGGUAAACUGAAAAUGCCAAACCUUAAUGCUGGAAUUGACACCCCUGACUUGGACUUACCAAACCUGGACCUCAAAGCUCCCAAGUUAGAUGUGAGCACUCCAGAUGUCAACAUUGGUUCACCCAAAGGAAAAUUUAAAUUGCCCAAACUGAAAAUGCCUAAAUUUAAUCUCCCGGGCAUAAAAGGACCUGAAAUUGAUGGAGACUUGAAUGGCCCAGAUCUCGACAUCAAUGCGCCCAACGUGAACUUCAAGGGGUCCAAAACUGACUUUGAAAUUCCAGAUGUUGAUUUUGGCAGCCCAUCUGGAAAAUUUAAAUUGCCUGAUGUGGGGUUUUCAAGUCCAAAGUUCGAUGCCCCAAAUUUCAACUUCAAGACACCAGACCUUAAUGCCAAAUUACCGAAAGGACCAAAUUUGAACAUUAAUUCUGACCUAAAAACUCCAGAUUUUAAUCUCAAAGCUCCAAAACUGAAAGGUGGAAUCAAUGCCCCCAAUUUGGGAUUACCAAGCAUGGACCUUAAGGCACCCAAAUUAGAUAUUAACACUCCAGAUGUGAACCUUGGUUUGCCUGAUGCAAAGUUCAAAAAGCCCCAGAUCAAGAUGCCAAAAGGGCCCGAUGUUGACAUAAAUGGGGCCUUACAGGGGCCUGAUCUGAAGAUCCCAAAUCUGGAUGUCAGUGGUCCAGAUGGAAACUUAAAAAUGCCAAGUAUAAAUGCACCAGACCUUAAUCUCUCUGGACCUAAGGUCAAAAUACCAGAUAUGAAUCUUUCAGGGCCUAAACUGAAAGGUCCAGGUAUAAGUAUGCCAAACAUAGACUUACCUGAAGCCAGUUUCAAAAGUCCCAAGCUAGACCUCAAUGCGCAACGUCCUGAUCUGGGAAUAAAUGGUAAAAUAGGUCGUCCUGACAUGGACAUAACUGGCCCCAAUGUCAAAGGAGGAAUAAGAGGUCCAGACAUCAGUAUGAAUGCUCCCACUGCAAACAUCCAGGGUCCUAACGCUGAUCUUGAUUUUGCUAACAGGAAAUUUAAACUCCCCUCUCUGAAGAUGCCUCAGUUCGGGGGCCCAGAUCUUUACAGUACGGGGUCUGACAUUGACUUUGGUGCAUCUAUGAGACCAACAAAUAUGGAUAUUUCUCCUCCAAAUGCAAAACUGAAUAUGAAGCCACCACAGUUAAUAGGGGAUUUCACAGGUCCAAAUGUUCGUGUCCUAAACAUGCCGACACCAGCGAUGCGGAGCCCACAGCUUAACGUUAGUGCUCCUAACAUGCCGAAAGUGGCGAUGCGGAGCCCACAGUUAAAUGUUAGUGCUCCAAACAUGCCGACACCAGCCAUGCGGAGUCCACAGCUAAACGUUAAUGCUCCGAACAUGCCAAAAAUAGCGCUGCGGAAUCCACAGCUAAACGUUAGCGCCCCAAACAUGCCGAAAGCAUCAAUGCGAAAUCCACAGAUGCAUCUCAAAUCACCAGAUCUGAACAUCGAUGAUCCUUCGCUUCAUUUCAGAGGACCUUCUCACGGGAAUCGCCGAUCAGAUAUCCCGGGCGUAAACAUGAGAAUGCCAGUCCUGGACAUAGAUAGAGAUGUCAGACUUCGUCACAGUGGUAGACAGAUUGAUUUCAACCAUCCAGAUCUCAACAUUGACGAUUUCACAGGGAAGGAUCACGUGCUUAGAGCCAGAGGUUCAACACUGAACUUCCAAGGACCACCUAACUAUGGACAGGUGGUGUCCCCUUCAGGUGUUAACAUCAAUAUGAGGGACCCAAGAAACGCCAGAAGAAGUCCUCCUGGUAAUAUUGACAUGAGUAUGAGGCAUCACGGAGCAGCGCGUCCGGUUACUUACGCACGUUUGCCGCAUGUUUCUCAAGAUCCCAGAAUUAGAGUCCCUGACAAUUCAGAUGGAUACUACAUCACUGUUUUUGACAAACAAACACAAAAUCAAAGAUCACCAAACUACAAAUAUAACACACUCGGGGGGCCUAGCUUUCGUCCACGAGACGUAGAGCUUGAAGUUCCAGGUGGAAAUUAUCGAAAAGGGGGCUCAGUUCCCUUUUUCUCCGACCUUAUGUAGGUUACAAACCAAAGAUGUUUCCAUAAACAGCACCAAAUAUUUUGUUUAGUGUACUUUUUAUAUUGGGGUUAUUUAUUAUUUCUUAAGCUGUCCUACGUUUAUUGUAUACGAUACAUGCAUUUUGUAAAUGUGGCACUUUCUGCCUCAUUUAAGUUUUUGAUAUUUUAUGUAUGUAAAGCUGAUCUUGUUGCCUACAUAGUAAUGGAGCACUUUUGCACUUGUUUUAUAUGUAAAUGCCAGUUUGCAAUAUGUUUGUACUACUGUUUGACAAGUAGUUAUUCUCUCCAUGUACAUUUAAGUUAAGACAUCAGUUCUAUUCAAAAUGUCUCAAUUUUCUCUGAUUUUGAAACAUGAGAAAAUUUAUGGAUUUCAGGGCACUAUUAGAAGAUCAAACGAUGUAAGCUGUUUUGUUAAAUUUUGCGAUGUGAAUGUUAAAGUAUCCAGAGUUGUGCAUAUGUUUAUGCUAUGUUACUUUUUAAACACCCACUUUAUUUUAUAUUCAUUGAGGUUGUAUAUAGUUGAGUUUAUAUAUUUUUUAUUUUACAAAGUUCUUGCUUUAACUUCUUUUAAAAAAAUAAUAUAAUGAAUGGUAAUAAAGAUGACUAUAUAUGCUAAACUGUAAAAACAUACUAAGGCAUUUUUAAAGGCAACCAUGGAGCAAUUAAAAUGUGUUAACACUCA